AUGGCUUUGCCACCAGACUCUGCAUCUCUUGGAUCCUGCUCCCGUUCCAGUUCCGUCCGAAUCAGCCGUAAGACAAGUUGCGCCACGUCGAAUCCCCCAUCUCCCGGCUCACAACAAGAUUCCAUCAAGUCUGACGAAGUUUUCGAAAAUGUCGACCUUUCAUCUGGUUUCGACGGUCUGCACAUUAACGGUGUCGAGGCUUGGGAUACUUUGAGCAGCAUGGCUGCUUUAGGAUUAGAGCCCAGCAACGGCGAUUCCCACGACGAUCUUGUUCCAUUCCCCCGAAUCUCAGUUGAUGAUAGCGACGACGACCAUGAGCUUUCGGACUCGGACACGUCCUCCAAGCGAGGCCCCUUUUACAGAUGGAUGAGAACUCUUCAUCGACGCGCCAAACAGCGACCGCGGCCUAUGAAUGGAGAUGGUGCCUUACCUUGGAAGCUUCUGGAUUCGGCUGAUAGGUCAGCACUUUCUCGGAGGACUCGCCAUAGGAGAUCAUCAUCAGGUUCAUCUUUUGGGUUCGUCGCUGCGGUGAAAAGUGCUAGUGUCAGUCUUGCUAGCGGCAGUGCUAUAACACGCCCUUGGGGCAACAGUCGCCGCUCCCAGGCCUAUUCCAAAACCGAGCGCAGCAGCAGAGGCUCUUUCACCGCGACCAGAUUCUCAGAAGACAGUUGUCAUGUCGAUUGGCCAGCUCAGACUGAUCCAUUGGCGACUGAACGCGCUUUGCAGCGUAGACGCAUCUUGGAGGAACUCAUCAGCACCGAGGAAGGCUAUAUUGCGGACGUCCGCUUCCUGAUGAAUGUUUACAUUACAAUUCUCGCUUCUCUACCCACUCUGCCCCCAGGCCUUAGGUCGUCGAUCAAUCGCAAUCUCACAGACAUCGUCGAACUUCAUGAAGAGUUGUUGGGCGAGUUGCACCGUGCAGUGCCAGACUCAGAGUACACACAGAUGGAGAUUCCGCUGUUGCUCAAAAAGCCCCCUAGCUGUAGACAUCAGCGACUGAGGAGUCUUGAUUCUGUUCCCGAAGACGACGACAGGGCUAUAAGUUGGCUUCAGGAAGUUCCCGGGAUGAUAUCUGAAGCACAGGUUGCCGGUGAUAUGAACCGCUUCUUCAUCUACGAAGAAUAUGGCGCAAAGUAUGAGAUGAUGAUCAAAGACGUUGCUUCGGCCCAUCGGACAAUGCCACAAUGGGAAACCUACCAGCGAGGGAUCGAGACACUGGCUUCAUCAUUGGGUUCCGCGAAUAGUCACGCCGACCAGUCAAAGAAGUCACUGACUAUUGGAGACCUUCUUGUCAAGCCCAUCCAGCGUAUCUGCAAGUAUCCUCUGCUGUUUGCCGAACUCUUGAAGCACACGCCAGUGGCAGACUGUCCGAAUUCCCACAUGGAGGUCGAGAGCGCCCUUCUGCGAUUGCGAGAGGCAACGGCCGAGAUUAACCGGGCAACGAAUGAUAGUCGAAUGAAGUCCACGCUGGAAAGGACCUGGGUUCUCCAGGAUCGACUGGUAUUCCCCGAACAAAAACUUGACGCAGCUUCAAAGAACCGAAUCAGGUCAUUUGGCCAUGUCGAGGUUUGUGGUGCGCUACAUGUUUGCUGGCAAACCAAAGACGGCGCCAAAGGACAGUACAUGACUUGUCUCCUCUACCACAAUGUCCUCUGCCUAGCUUCGGCCAGCAAAGUGGACCAGAUCUACACUAUCCAAGCAUGCAUAAAUCUGGCCAGCAUUAAAAUCGAGGAGACGGACAAUGGGCGAGGUCUUCAAUGCCACACGGCUCCAUUCUCGUGGAAGCUUGUUUUCGAGUGCGACUCCCAGUUAUACGAGAUACUAAUGACUGCCUGUUCGCCUCGAGAGCAAGAGGAAUGGAGAAGCCGAUUGUCGAUUGCCAGAACAGGGGAGCAAGAGCAGAUCGAUCCUAAUCUGUACAGCUCGAUGUCUUUGAACCUGAAGAGUCUUGGAACAGUGUUUAGAAAACCAGGCACUAUUGCCCGCCGAAUAUCGAUCCAUCGUGCCACCACAGUCGGCCCAAAGUCGCCCUUGUGUCAGGUCAUUUUGAAGAAUACCAGCGUUAUGCGAGACAAUCCAGAUGCCGCAUCUACUGCAUCCAUCAAUCGCUCCCAAUCACUUCUCAUAACGAAUCCUCGCAUCCCAGUCCUUGCACCUCCGCGAAGCGAGAGAGCUCGACUUGAAGCUCUCAUGUCUGAUAUUUGGAGUCGAGAUAUUCUUCCAUUCCCCGGUAUGACUGGUCGAUCUCGUUCUGAACAUUUGGUACGAAGCUCGGCUAGUACAAUGAUGCGGAAGCUCAGCGUUGCAAGCAUCGCCAGCUCCUUUGCGAAGAGGUCCAACAGCGUUGCUAGCAUGGGGAAGCUCAUCCCUGACGAUGAUGUGGGCGAGAAACAAGAAAACGCGCGCCACGGACAUUCUUCCAAGCUCUGCAGAGCCGAGAGUUCCAACAUUGAGCACGGUCCCGAUGGUGAAGCUAAUGAAACAACAAAGGCUCGAUUGCCCAAAAUCGACGACGAUGUCGAGAUCCAGUCGAACAACUCCGGUUAG